AUGCCUCAUAUUUCAAAAAGACGACAACAAAUAAAUCAAUUACCUAGAAAAAGAGGCCAUUUUGCAUCUCAAGAGGAACAGUAUAAAGUCACCGAUGUGCAGGUUGAAUCUAUAUUAGAAGAAAAUGAAAACAUUAAUGCUCAAGAAAAAGAUGUGAAAGAAAAUAAUGUAUUAUCUGAUACAACAUUAAGUAAUAUGCUGGCUAGUACUGUAGCAUCGAGUAACAAAUUACUCAAUGACAAAACUGAAGCAUCGAGUAAUGUAUUACUCGAUGUUUCAGCUGAAGCAUCAAGUAAUACAUUACUCGAUGUUUCAGCUGAAGCACCAAGUAAUACAUUACUCGAUGCUUCAGCUGAAACAUUGAGUAAUACAUUACUCGAUACUUCAGCUGAACUCUUUACUACUGGUCGAUCCUAA